UGUGGCGGACUUUACCCUCGCGGAGACUUGUUGCUCUGUUCCGGGUCGCGCGGAGAGACGGUCCAGUGUUGCACGUGAGCGCGCAGAGAGCCUCCACUCCCACUGAUUUUCACUUUGUGUGACCAGAGAAACGGAGAAACCAUGUCUUCACCAAAUGUGAGUGACGUCGCUGUGAGCAAAGAAACGUGGGAUUCGCACAACAAGAUGCUGCUGGAGCCGCUCGCCAUUGGCGACUCUGAGGUGUUCUCCAUCAUAAAGAAAGAGAAGCACAGGCAGACGUUCGGUCUGGAGCUGAUAGCGUCGGAAAACUUUGCCAGCAGAGCCGUGCUGGAGGCGCUGGGCUCCUGCAUGAACAACAAAUACUCUGAGGGAUAUCCCGGUCAGAGGUACUACGGAGGUACGGAGCAUGUGGAUGAGCUAGAGAGGCUCUGCCAGAAGAGGGCGCUAGAGGCCUACGGUCUGGACCCGGAGAGAUGGGCCGUCAACGUGCAGCCGUACUCAGGUUCACCUGCUAACUUUGCCGUCUACACUGCCGUCGUGGAGCCCCAUGGAAGGAUCAUGGGGCUGGACCUUCCUGACGGAGGUCACCUGACACACGGCUUCAUGACGGAGAAGAAGAAAAUCUCCGCCACGUCCAUCUUCUUUGAGUCCAUGCCGUACAAGGUGAAUCCAGAGACCGGCUACAUCGAGUAUGACCGACUGCAAGAAAACGCUCGGCUGUUCCACCCCAGACUCAUCAUUGCAGGUAUGAGCUGCUAUUCCCGUAACCUCGACUACGGCCGCCUGAAGCAGAUCGCCGAUGAGAACGGCGCGUACCUGAUGGGCGACAUGGCUCACAUCAGCGGGUUGGUGGCUGCCGGAGUGGUGCCCUCACCCUUUGAGUACUGUGACAUCGUUACCACGACAACGCACAAGACGCUGCGUGGCUGCCGCGCCGGACUCAUCUUCUGCAGGAAAGGCGUGCGUAGUGUCGACGCCAAGGGGAAGGAAACUCUGUACAACUUGGAGUCCUCGAUCAACCAGGCUGUGUUUCCAGGGCUGCAGGGAGGACCACACAACCACGCCAUUGCAGGUGUUGCUGUCACUCUCAAGCAAGCCAUGACGUCAGAGUUCAAGGCCUACCAGGUGCAGGUUCUCGCUAACUGCAAAUCUCUGUACAGCGCGCUCAUCGACCACGGCUACAAGAUCGUCACCGGCGGCUCUGACAACCAUCUGAUCUUGCUUGACCUUCGCACCAAAGGGACCGAUGGAGGACGAGCGGAGAAGGUUUUGGAAGCCUGUGCCAUUGCUUGUAAUAAGAACACCUGUCCAGGGGAUAAGAGUGCUCUGCGGCCCAGCGGUCUGCGGUUUGGCUCUCCGGCUCUGACCUCCAGAGGCAUGAUGGAGGACGAUUUCAAGAAGGUGGCCGAGUUCAUUCACAGAGGCAUUGAGCUGACCUUGGAGGUGCAGAGGAGCCUGGAUCCCAAGGCCAAUCUGAAGGAGUUCGUCCAGGCGCUCGCCAAGGGUGAGAAGUUCCAGCAGCAGGUGUCAGAAAUCCGGGCCGAGGUGGAGGCUUUCGCCGGCCAGUUCCCCAUGCCGGGCCUCCCCGAGCUGUAGAGGCCUGGAAGGAGGAUGAUGAUGAUGAUUUGAAAAAACAUGCAAAAUUAUUCUGGUGUGUUAUUUUUUGUUAUUUGUUUUAAGUGGACAUGUGUAACUGUCACAGCUCAAAUCAAGAUAUUUCUUAAUUACUUCACUGCAGUUCGGUUUCAGAUUAGAACCGAUUUUUCUUAACAGAAACAGAUCUAUUGGCAGACUGUAUCGUCCUCAAAUUCUCCAGUGCUUGUUUUUAGUUCUCCACUGUUGCUUUGGCCUCCAAAUGUUAUUACAUUUAUAUUAAAUUUAUUACAUUUAAGCUUUAAUCCCAAAAAUAUUAUUGUAUAUAAUGUACAAUGUAGAAUUUUUUUAUCCACUGCAGAUUUAAGCACCAAACAUGUAUAUUCCUUUCACACUUGAGUCUUAUACUGUAUACGUAUACAAUUUGAAACAUUAAAAAAACUCAAUUGUUGCAUUUAAUUAAAGAAUCCAUAAUAAAUGAAACAUA